AUGAAAGUUGCUAUUCUUGGUGCCACUGGGUUUGCCAGUUGGGAAACACCGUACCGCCCGCCAUACGGCGGAUGCAGGCAGUUAGACCGCUACAACCCCCCAAGGAUUUCAGUGGCAAAAUUCACCUUUAUUACCCUUGGAGGCUGUACAUGA